AUGGAUCACCUGUACAUCGAAAUUCACGCGGAAGAAGGAAGUAUCUUCACCAGCAUAAAGUCCUAUGUGGCUCUUUAUGUGUACUUGUACUUGGAGCAACCUCAGAAUAUAAAGCUGCAUUUUGUGCUAACCACAGCACAGGCCAGCAAUGGAAAAAUACCCCUGAACAGAGAUUACCUUAAGCUGAGUUUAAAUGAUGAACGGAUUAUUCACAAGGAUACUGCCGUGGAGGAGCCUCUGUGGGAUUUGCAUUUGCCAAUUUACAACAAAGACAAUGAUACCUAUAUUGCGGGAAUGUGCGCUGUGUGUCGCGAGAUAGUCCUAAAAUAUGGCACCGAAGCGAGUCGCAAGUUAUUGGGUUUCAAAGAAAGUUGUCUGCUGGCAACGACGGAAGCCUCCAUAUGGACCCGCUUCUGUGAGGUGAAUAUAGUAGCUGGACUAUCCGAUGUCCUAAAGUCGAUUGAAGGCAAAUGCUGCCUUACUGAGUUGCCUGUUGAGUGUGUUCGAUUUGAGAAUCACAUGGGCGAACCUGUGCGCAUGCAUAAUAUUUAUAAGCUGGCACGUGAAAAGGCCAAUGUCGAAUCGAAGAAGAAAGUGACAAUAGAAUGUACCACACCCAAGGAUCAAUUGUCGAUUGAGCAUACAUUUGUUGAAGGUGUGCAGUUUACGAUUGGCGAUUUAAUACUUUAUCCAUGUGUACGUCUUCUCUUUAUUGGAUGUGGGCUAUCAUUGCUUGAUAGUUUCCCAUUGACAAAGAAUUGGUUUGCUAAUGUAGACAAUUAUGAUUCCAAAUGUCUGCAGAUCCUUAAUGACACUUGUAUGCUAUCUUCAUUGGACGGGCUCCGCAAAGUUGACAACGAGCUGAAAAUACCACAAUGCCCAGCCGCAAGUUUUUACAAAAGUGACCCCAAAAGAUAUAAACCACGAAAUCGCAUUUAUACUGAACAAAAAGAGGUCGAUGCCGCCCUCGACAAACUCCAAAAUUUGGACAUUCAUUUUAGUAGUACAUCGACAUGUACAUAUGACAAAUUCACCAUUGACUGGCAAUGCAUUGAGCCUUCACACGCCAAAAGUUCAGCAUUGCCUGAAAAAAGACUGGCUAGGAAACGACAACAAUUGGAAAAUUUGGCAAAUGCUGUUGUGUCGCUUGCCAACCCAGGUGAUCGUAUUGUUGACUUUUGUAGCGGGACCGGCCAUUUAGGCAUUCUGUUGGCCUUGCAACUUCCCCUAUGUACCGUGAUUCUGUUGGAAAAUAAGUCAAUAUCAUUGCAAAGGGCCAAGUGCCGAGUUCUUGAGCUGCAACUGAAGAACGUUAUAUUCUACCAAUCGAAUAUAGAUUAUUUCGAGGGUAAAUUCGAUAUUGGCUGUUCACUGCAUGCUUGUGGAACAGGAACGGACAUUGUAUUGGCACAAUGUCGUCGAGCAAAUGCCAAUUUUGUGUGCUGUCCUUGUUGCUAUGGGUCUCUGCAACCGAUGCCCCACAUCAAAUAUCCCCUGAGUAAGGAAUUUCGAUCAGCCUUAUCGGAGAAUGAGUACAUGUAUAUUGCCCAUACUGCUGAUCAGGCACAUGCAUUGGGAACAUUAAAUUGCUCCGAAGAGACCACGAGGCAGGGUCAGCUAUGCAUGGACAUAGUGGAUACGGAUAGAAAAUUACAAGCAGAGAACGCUGGCUAUAAUGUGAUAUUAACACGCCUUAAACCCGAAAAUUGCACGCCAAAGAAUAGAUUGCUGGUGGGUAGAAAAAGAACGCACGAGGAGUCGAUGUGA